UGGUCAGACUGGAUCAACGGGCAUCACCCGAGCGGCGGCAGUGAUGAUGGAGACUGGGAGACAUUCGACCACGUCUGCACGGCCCCCCUGGACAUCGAGUGCCGGUCGGCCACAGAGCCCCACCUCAGCUGGAGGGAGCUGGGCCAGGAGACACAGUGCAAUGUCUCCUUUGGGUUCAUUUGCAAGAAUGAAGACCAGUUUGGAAAGGGACCAUUUGCAGUCUGCUAUGACUACGAGAUCCGAGUCUACUGCUGCGAGAAAAUGGACUGGUGUGCACCCACCCCGACCACCACCACGUCGCCACAGAGUAGCCCUACAGUUACUACAGUGGAGCCCAGCCCCACACCGAGCACCCUAACCCCCACCAUUACAACAUCCACACCUACAACAGAACCCACCAGCACUAUGACCACCACCACGUCUACCCCAAGCACUUCAUGUGUGCCUGUCUGCAAUUGGACCGGCUGGCUGGAUUCUGCAAAACCGAACUUUACCAAAGAAGGUGGAGAUAUUGAAGCCAUUGAAAAU